UUUGUUAUCAUAACAAUCGGUUCUCCUGAGCUGGUGUGUUGUCUGGUUUGAGAAAGAUUAAGACAUGUGUGUGUCAUAUAAUGUUUUUACUCAUAACUAAUUUAUAUGUACAGGUUGGUUCACGUAUAUAUAUAUAUACAAGUUGUCUCGCCUACCCAAUAUACAAUAAUACAACAGGUGUCCCGCUGGAGAACUUAUAGCCUGAAAAGUAAUAAAAUAAAAAAUAAAAAACGCCUUUCGCGCCUCUCUGUGAUCUGUCUUAAAAUUAGAAAUCUUGGAGAUCGAAAAUCCCCGCAAAUUUAAAGAUUAUGUGUCGCGAAAAUAAUAUUUGCUUCUGCAAAUCGCAAUAAUAUAAAUCGCAAGAUUUUAAAUUUUUGAAUUUUGAUAACAUUUUGCAUGACUUCCUAUUUAUAUUACUAUUUUUUUAUUACUAAAAUGUUUUAUCACUAAAAUUAUUUUCCCACUGAAAAAAGUGAUUCAAAGAGUUUGUCUGCGUUGCCGUGCGGGACAUCGCAUUUAGAUGAGGCGAUCUCGAAAUCGCUUUAACUUUAAAAAAAUUCAGGCUACAUUCCAAAAAAACGUUUUAGAGUGCCCAAAUGUCAUGGGAUUUCGAGAUGUAUCAUUCUCAUAAUGUAACCAGGAUCACCCGCCCUGCAGGUGGCAGGUAAUAAAAGCGUUAAAAUUUUGAUAACCAUGGAUAACGCAAAAACUACCGAACAAAAAAAUACUCCUUGUUAAACUACGGAAGGAAAAAAUUCUCCUUGUUAAACUACUGAACAAGAAAAUUCUCCUUGUUAAGCAUUCACAAAAAGAUAAAUCACAGAAACUCUAAUUUAUUAAUUUUCUAUUAUUGAUAUCGCUCGUCCAAACGUGGAAGUUGUUAACUAGGAAUAUAUAUAUAUGUAAGACUAACCUGUAGGUUGUCUUCGCAAUAGUUCUGUCUGUGUAUAACGCAACGCUAAAUUAGUGUGAUUGAUUCAACUCAACACUAUUGAACACCACUUUUACUAAACACAACGAAUUACCAAUGAUACUGGUUCAACACAAUUAAAACCCCACCACCAAGUGAUUCUUAUUAGUAAUUGCCUAGAUAGAAGAUCAACAAUCUCCCUCUAUUUUCUUUCUGUUUGGCGUUCAGUUGGUUAUUCGAAUGUGAGAGGAUUUUAUAGCGACUCUCCGUAUGAUUACUUAUGUGGAAUUUAAAAAUAAAAAUUCUAAAAGAUAAAAACUAAAAGAAAACUUUAAUUUUUGAACACAAUAUUCAAAUCUUCAUAACUAAACAUUCAAUUGGUCACUAUUAUUCUUCAUCACCCCUCUGUAGCACAUUUAUUAAGACUAUGCUAAUUGCUCCUUGUUUUGUUAAUACAUCUGCUAACUAAUGUUUGGUAGAAAUCAAUUCAAUCUCUUUCUGAUUGAUACUCUGUGUAAGGGAAGCCAUAUCAAACCUUAACCGUUUGUCUUCCAAAGACUUUGUUGAAUGGGCAGCUUCGAACAAUGAUUUGUUAUUUGUAUGACAUAAGAUGCCUUCUAGAUUAGUAUUCAACACUUCAUUUAUAACAUUCUUCUCCCAUAUGCAUUAAUCUCCUUAGACUGCCAUGUGAUAGGUGCCAUAAGAUUCUCAACACAUUUUAGGAAAAAAAAAAUUCCACUUUGAGAGCUGCCAUCUUGAAGGUUCCCAAAUGAAGCAUCAGAAUAUAAGGUCAGUUGUAAUGGAAGCUUAAGCUUCCAAAAUUUCAAGGAAAUGUUAGGAUCCAACAUCUUUACCACUUUAUUGGCUCUCAUGACAUUAUCAACUACUGCACAGUUUAGUUUUGUGCUUAGCUGGCACACAUCAAAUGAAAUGUCAGGCCUUGAUUGUGAUGACAUCGAGUUUAGUUGCCCACAUAUGCAUCGGAAGUUUGAUUGUUCUUCAUGUGAUAGUUUUCUAUUUCUGUCUGUUGUGUUUUGUAUCUUGAUCAGUUACAAACUUGCCACAUAGUUCUUUUGGUCAUAGUUAAUGGAACCAUUAGAUUGUUGUAUAUUGACAUCAACAUAUUUGAAAUUGGUGUAAUCUUCAGAUCCAAUGAGAAAAGUUUCUCUGAUAGGCGAAAUGACCUUCACUUAAAAAUCAUGGGAUCCUCCCCUUAGAAAAUCAUCAACAUGUAUUACAAUCAGUCCUUGGCAGCAGUUAUCUUGAAUCCAAUAACAUAAUGCUUUAUCAAAUAAAGACAUUCUCAACCCCAAGCCGAUUAGCUCUUCCUUUACACGUAGAUACCAAGCUCCUGAAGCAUCAGCAAGGGCGUAUACAACUUUAUUUAGUUUCCAUAACACACCUGUUGUAUUUGCUUCCUUUGGGGCUUUAUGAUAACCUCUCUGUCAAUCUGGUUGCCUUGAAGAAAUGCCGUCUUGACAUCUAAGUUGUGACAGUCCCAAUCGUAGGUUGCUCACAUCUUUAGUACAAUGCGAAGACUUUCUUUAGAAAAAUUUGGGGAGUCCUUAGUCAGAUUUUUGACCUUUUUUUCUUCGAAACCUCUUAUGACCAAACGAGCUUUAACUGUUUUGUAUCCCUCUAUAUUCUUAGUUGUGACCACCCAUCUUGUGGAUAUUACAGAUUGACCCUUAUCUUCUAUGGUGAAGAAAACUUUGUUGUCCUGCCAAUUGGCUAAUUUUUUAUACUUUGCAUUUAGGACCUCAUCUGUUACAAUUGCUUGAGUCGAUAAUAGUACUUCUUUAGUUUCGUUUGUCUCAACAACAGGUUGCCAGUCACUCACACAUCUCUUGAAUUCUAACCAAUUUAUUUCAUCUGUGUCUUCAUUUUGGAUAUUUAAACAGCUACCAUACUGUCUGCCUUCUUUUCCUUUUCUGUUCACUUUUCCUGCUCUGCUGUGGACUAAUCCCCUUGCCCAUUCACUGUCGGGAGUUAGCUUGUAAAUGAUUUUUGUUUUCAACUUUGCUAUUCCUGGGACUGUUGACGAAUUGCUAACAUUUUGAUUGGUUGUGAUUUCAUUUUUUAAUAUGUUGUGUGUUGUUGUUUUAUUCAUUAAGGCACCGUCUGAUGUUGUUUCUUUUGUUGUUGGUAAAUUUGUUGUUUUCUCAUCUGGUUCUUCUGUAUUGUUACUGUCAAAACCAUCUGCACCAACACAUUCACCAAAAACAUUAUCGCGUUCAAGUGGAAUGCAAUUUUUCACUUGUGCAGUUGUCACUUCAGUACUCUUUUCCGUGUCUUGUGAAAGUUUUUGUGAAUGCAAAACUUGGUCAAACUUCUGCAAGCGACACAUGUGUACUCUAACAUAACUUCCACCAUGUUUUACAAGGACUUGCUUAUUCUCCUGUCCAAUUACAGUGCCUGGUCCAUGCCAUUUUUCACUGUCUUUUCUCUUAUAGAAAACUCUAUCUCCAUUAAUAUAUCGCUCAUCAUUGUAACACUGAACAUUAUGCCUCAAUGCUCUUCGUAUACGCUCAGAAGACUCUACUGCUAUAAAGGUUCUUCGUAAUGCAUGCAUUACAGCAAGGUUAUGGGCUACGGUUUUACUUGAAACUGUGUCAUUUAUAGCUGGAAAAUGAUCAGUGAGGAUGCAGGGAUAGUCGUGACUUUUACCAUAAACAAGUUGAUUUGGUGAAAAUCCCUUGUUGUUUAAUAAAGAAUUCUUUGCACUUACAGCCCAGAAUAGUGCGCGAUUGUGUGUACAUUUUGUGUCCUCAAUAAUUAUUUUCAGCGUUUCCUUAAUCAUACCAUUGUGUCGUUCACAUCAUCCAUUUGACCAAGGACUUUCAGCUGCAGUUGUUGCAAACUCUAUGUUAAACUGCUCACACAUUUCUUCAUACACUUUGUUAACAAAUUCUUCACCAUUAUCAGCUAGAAACUUCCUUGGUUGACCAAAUCGGGCUAAAUAAAUUUCAAAAAUAAUAUCUGUUAUUACAUCUUUGUCUUUCGUCUUUGUCAAUCUUGCUGAUGAAAAUCUGGCAAAACAUCUAUGAUAUGGAUAAACCACAAUAAGUUGCACGAGAUCUAGAGCCAUACACUGGUUAAAUUCUGAUGACAUUGGUAAGCCAACAAUAGGGCGCGGUCUUGGUUUUCUGUAUUUGAUGCACACUUCACAAGAGUUUGAUACUUCAUCGAUGACUUUCAUAAAUUCACUUCGGUCAUUUAAGAAGGAAUUAGAUGCUUUGAUGAAAGAUUUUAAUUUUUCAGCACUUGGAUGGCAAAAUUGACGAUGAAGUUUGAUGAUCUUACUUUUUCUUGAUUUUGUACUUGCACAAACAAAGGUAACCAGGGGUAACAAGUGGUCAUGUCUCUUUCCAUCCAUCUCUAUUAUGUUGUUGUUCAAAGGUAUGCAAUAGUGACCUGUACCUUAGCAAAUGUUUGUAGAUAGGUAAGCUAUCUUAAGCGAGGUUGUUGAUAUGCUUAGCAUGUAGUAGGUGAUAAAAAACCUUCUGCAGACAUGAUGAUAACAGCUAUCUUUAUGCAUUUUGGCUUGGUACUCUUUAUACAUUAAGCUAUUAGCUAGCUCAACUUUUUCAAUGUUUGCAAUUUACGAUAGGAAUAAAGACUUUAUUCCUAUCGUAAAAUGCCAUAGCAAUAUAUUUGUUUAAAGUCAGAUACACAAGAUUAAAUUCUACAAAUAUAUAUAUUUCUGUUAACCCAAUUUGCAAAACUUCAUCAAAUAUUUACUUAAAUAAUAAAUUUAUUCAAGGAAAAGAAUACAAUAAAAUUUGGAGAAAGGGGAAUCUAGUGUAUCCGAGAAAGCUAUAAAUUGCAAUAAUACCUUCACCGUAUUCAUGUAGAGGCAGGCAAAAUCAACCCACUCCACCUACAGGCUCAAAAGGACGCUGUAUGAUAAAAAAUUUGCCUAUUUGAAUUAAAAUUUGGUGGGUUUUGUAUUGACGGAGUAGCUUUAUAUAAGAAAAUAAGAAACUAGGUUGCACCAAUCAAGCAUGGCACAUAUUUUUAUUUAUACCCUAUCUGACAAUUUUAAUUAUGAGUAUUUCAAUUUUAUUUUUAGCAAAGAAUAUGGUUUCGAGCAAGAAGUAUUUUUUAUAGCCCACUUCACUACUGGGCACCUUAACAGCUAUUUUCCACUUUAAGAAAAUUUUUCAUUGAACGAAAUGGAGAUAAACAGAACAGAAAAUUUCCUACUUUUAAUUUCUGUUUCAUAACAUUGCACAUUUUUAUAAAGAAAGUAAACAUUCUUUGCGCAAUUCUCACAAAAUGAAAUAACCUGAUUGGCUAAAUAACUCUCUACUUGUCUUUUUCAUACACAACGCAAAGAAAAAGUUGAACUCGAUUCUACUUUGCUAAGAACGUAAUAGACAAGAACAUUUUCUGUUCACGUCAAAUAAGCUUUUUAAGUAUGCAUACACAGAAACCUUUCUGUUCUUUUCCAAUUGUUUUUUCACGGGAAUAUUUUUUUAAGUGAAAAAUAACAUUUAGUUUAUAUCCCUUUCAGUACCUGCACUCAUACUUGUAUUCCGAUUAAGGAGACAUUUUGUAGAACUUGCUAACUUUGCAAAAUAUCCCUUGAUGGUUCUGCUGUUUACUUAGCAGAAUGUGUAGGACAAGCUGUGAUUAUAUCUGAAGCUGUCUACAUAUACCUAGAAAUUAAAAAAACCUUUUCUAUAAACUACAUGUGAAGACUAACAAUGAAUUAUCCUAAGUUUAGCAGAGAAACUCUGUGUUCAGGAAAACUAGUUAAACUAUAUCAAAUACUAAUAAGACAGCACACCUUUUUUUAAAGUUAAAAGACGCCUAUUGCAGUUGCCAAGAUAAUUUUCCCUGUAUUUUUUAGUCGUAAGACAAUACAAUAUUUUAGCAGUUAGUACGUUUUCUGUUGCUGGAAAAUAACAUUCUGCCCGCUAAAGUUCCGCCAUUGUUAGUCGGAUAAAUUAACGUAUGACGCGUUCGCCUAAUUUGGCCAUAUUUUGGCCCAAAAUCACUCAACGAUACCAGGGUAUUUUUCUUCGUCUUCUCUCAUAUCAAAAAAGACAAGAUACCCUAGGGACGAGGGUGCGCCUCUCCCUUAAUCUGGUCAGAUUUAGUGAGAGAUGAGCAAAAAACGUUUUAGUGGCCGCUACAAAAUAAAUUUUAAGCGAUGGUAGAACUAAAGUGGAUUAUUAGAAAGUGCUUCUCCAAACUUUGUCAUUGUCUUCCUAAGUACUGCAAGGUUGAUGGAUCGAGUGGGACUUAUGAUAAUGUACAGGGUUACUUAUAACAAUAUAUCUCACAUAUGUACCGUUUGUUCUUUUUUUGUUUCUACUUAGUUAUUUGGAUCUAUGACAUUAACAAUAUUGUUUCCAUUCCUUCCAAAGUUAGUAAAGGAUUCUACGCUGGAAUUAUUGGUUCGUCAUUUUACGCCGGUAGAUCAUUAUGCAGCAUUUUAUGGGGAUACAUGGUUGAUUGGAAAGGGAAAAAAUUUACACUUAUAUUAACCCUUACGACGUUAACACUCUCCACGAUUGGGUUUGGACUCACCAGAAGUUUUGCUUGGGCAUUUAUAACACGAUUUCUGCAAGGCUGCUUUCUAGGAUUAGGUGUAGUAAUCAUUUCCUACAUUUCUGAUAUAUGUGAUGACACAAACAGACCCCUCGGUAUGACACUAGUUAUGAGCGCAUGUACAACUGGUAUUGUAAUCGGGCAAUCGUUAGGAGCGUUUUUAGCUUUUCCAGUGGAACGAUAUCCUAAAGUUUUUAGGAAAGGUUCUAUUUUUGAUCAAUUUGUGAUUCUGCUUCCCAACAUGGUAUUGGCAGUAUGUUUUGUAUUGAUGAUCGUCCUGGCGAUAUAUGUUCUUCCGCCUGAUAAAAAGGUUAUUAAAACAGAAAGAGAGACACUACUUAAAGACAAAGACAAUGCUAAAAUUCAUUGUAAAGGGAAAGAUAAACAAACGUUCAAGAAUCUUGUAAGGAACAAAAACUGUUUAUUAUCGUUUUUAUUGUAUCUAACAACUGGAAUAGUAAAUAAUGGAUUUGAUGAAAUGUUUCCUGUUCUUGCAGCUACUACACAUGAAUAUGGAGGCUUUGAUUUUAGCCCAGCAAAUAUUGGUACAACACUCCUGAUUAUGGCUUUUGCAACUAUUCUAGUUGUUACUACUGUUGGAACAAAAAUUCUUCUGUGCUUUGGUGCAAAAAAAAUGUUUAUCUACUGCGUUCUCCUUCAAUCAAUUUGCUUUCCUAUCCUCCCAUUAUUAUCAAAUCUUUCAAACGGAGCAUUAUUUUGGUUGCUGUUAAUGACUCUAAUGACAACCAUACGUUUAUGUAGCGAAGAAACAAGCAUAGUGAUGGCUGUUUUUAUGAAUAACUCAGUGGAGAAUAACGUGCGUGGAAUGGCUAAUGGAUUGGGGAUAACAGGCUCGUCAUUAGGAAGAAUGAUUGGACCGUCGUUGUUUGGAGGUUUAUAUUCAUGGUCACUAACAAACAAAGUCGGUAUUGAGCAAAAUCACCAUGCCAUUGGCUUCCCGUUUAACCAGUUUUUCGUAUUCUUUUUAAUGUCAAUAACUGGGACUUUAAAUGCUAUUAUGGUGACAAGAUUUCCUGAUAGUAUUAACGUGAUGAAAAAGUAACAGCAAUUUUUGACAGAAGUAAUGAACUCUUUGCUUAAAUGUUAACCAUUUCCCCCCAAUACUUCCAGAAACUUAGAACAUUGUUUGUUCCUAUGGAAGAAACAAAAAGAAAAGACAAUAAGAUGAUUAGUACUUGCAGAAAUUCAUCUAAAUUUACCAAAUUUUGUUAAGUUUAAAGUUUGAAGUGCUACCUUGUUACACUCUAUGCACUUGCUACGCCCUUAUUGCUAUUACCUAUUUCCAUAUUGUGAGCAGCUGUCUAUGAAUUAGUAUUUCGUUUUAAAUACAUGACCUUCUUCAUCGUUUUAA